AUGGCCGAUGCGGGCUCCAAGACCCGCCUGCGAAGGACGAGGACAGGUUGUUUCAAAUGCCGCAUGCGUCGACGGAAGUGCGAUGAGGGUAAACCGUCGUGCCGAAGAUGUGUCGACGGCGGGUUCGACUGCCAAUACGGCACGCGCCUGUCGUUCUUGGAGAAGAAUGCAAAGACAUCGGCCGCUUCGGGCUCAGAGCGCGUCACCAAGCCGGCGUAUGGCAAGCUAAGAUUCGUCGUGCCAGAGUCCGUGACGGCCCAGGAGAACAUUCAGUUCCAGGACGACGAUGCGCCUUCGCGCGACUCGGAGAGCACGCACACCCUGCCCAAGCCAGGCCAGAGCCAGACGCUGUCAGAGGAGAUUGCGAAUCCAGCCGAGCUACUGGCCCAACCACCACAGCCGCCGGCUCUGAUCAGUCCUGCGCUGGAAAAUCUUGCAACGCCAUCCCCGGCUGGCCAAGGGAACCAUGACUUAGCUGGUCCUGGGAGCUACACGGUUGGUAUAUCCCCUUCAAAUGCAGCGUACGAGACCGCCUUGGAUGGACUGCUGUCGCUGGGCCAUGACAAUUAUGUGCCUGCACCGGUGACGUCCCAGAUCCUGGAAAGUGAAAGCUACUUUGGAUCGCCGCCAAACCCUCACCCCGGAUUCUCUCCCAGUCAAUUAGAAACGGGGAGCAAGCCAUCGCCAGCUGCUUUUCAAAACUGUGCUCAUUUGCCCCAAGAUCGGGCGGUACAGCUUUUGCGACACUAUCGAUACAACAUUGCGCCAUGGUUGGAUAUCGGCGAUGCAGCCCAGACGUUUGGCCUGUUGAUCCCACGUAUUGCUAUGGACUCGAUUCUUGUUCUCGACUCGCUCCUUGCCCUUGCCAUGACGACCCUCGAUGAGCAAGUCGACUCCAACUUCGGGGAUCAAUGCAUCGUCCCACCCGAUCUAAACGGACCCAGCGUCGACAUUCUACGCAGCGCUCUGGCCUUUGGCUUCAUGGCUCUCCGCCGACAUGUCGUGGUGGCACCGACAUCGUGGCAGAGUCCAUCCAAGCACAUUAGUUUUGGGUUGGUAAACUCGGCUUCAUUUCAGGAGCACUAUCCUACAGUCAAUUUAGCUCUGUCAUGGGUGAUGCUGAGACUUGAAUUGAGCGUUGGGCUCAUGAAUGGUUCCCCAGUAUCCAUCCCCAAUCUCCUAUCAUACAAUAGUUCAUCUCCCAUGUCUGGAAUGUGUCGAGAGUCGCUCAAGUACGACCGCGAGCCGAUACUUCUGUGUGCCCAAGUCCUCAAUCACUGCUUUGGACAAGACCUUCCUGUUACUCCGGGAAUCCACCUCCGUCCAUCCGCCGCCCAGAACUGGAAGUCUCUCUCAGAAUCCCUUAGCAUGUGGUACAACAAUCGCCCUCGGGAUUUUAAACCCAUGUGGGAGGUUGAAGAGAGCGAGGAGUUAUUCCCUCUUGUUCUCUUCACGAACGGAGCGGCAGUGCUGGCCAAUCAGCUCUAUCAUACAUCAAUGUUGCUAUUGCUUCAGAACAGGCCCCGAACUCUCCCGAAAGAGCAUGGGCGAUCAGUAUUGAUUUCUCCACUCUGGCAUGCCCAGCGAAUCUGUGCCAUAAGCCUGAACAACGACACGACGGCAAGCUGGGACUUCAGUCUCCUUGCCUCGCUGUAUCUCGCCGCCAAACGCAUGACGUACGAGCCUCAGCAGCAUGCUAUUCUGCGUGGCAUCGACCGCAUUGGUUCUUUGACAGGUUGGAAUGUGAAUGCACUCUCGGCGCAGCUCGUGCAAGAGUGGCAGCCUGAUUAA